AAUCAGCGCAUGUUGAAUUGUCAUGCAAAAAGAAACGUCACAUAUGGGCUAAAUCUUCAAUUAAACAAUCACUACAUCAUAACGUUUCAAAUCAGUAAUACAACAAAUAAUAUUGACGUUUCAAUCAAGUGUUGAAAUAAUGAGUCCGACAAGAGAAGUCGUAGAGACGUACGAACACAUCCUAAGAAGAAUGAUGUGUGUUCAUUGUGGCGACUACAGCAAACCUAUAUUCGUCCAAUGCAAGGAGGGACAUGUCAUAUGCUCGUUCUGUGUAGGCACAAAAAUUUGCCGAAUUUGUGGCGAUUUAGUUGCGCCGUACAGAAUUUACGUAUUCGACAACAUCCACAACUUGAUGACCUUUCCGUGCCAAUUCAGACGUAGGGGUUGUAACUUCAGAGGCAAAUAUCCACUUUUGCAGCAUCACCUGACUGAAUGUAGUCUUCGCGAAUAUUAUUGUCCUUUAGUGAAUUGCUAUUGGAGAGGUGAGGCUGAAGAUAUCUUCCGGCAUUUCAGGGAUACUCAUAACAAUCAGAGGAUGGUUAAGUUGAAAGCUGAUAAUGUUAUUAAGAUCAUUGAAAAUGAAGAGAGAAGGUUCAUUAUAAAAGAUUUGGGUAUUAUUUUCGUUGUAGUGUUCGCAUUCCCAUAUCAUGCGCAGUUCGUUCAAUGUUACGCGACAAAUUUCGAUAACUCAUUCAACUGCAUUGAAAAUUUCGAGGUGGUUUUCCACAUCAAACUGAAGGCCGGUAGGACUUUUGUAGGCAAGGUUCCGUGUAAGCAACGACUUCAUACAACUCCUCAUUGGCAGCAUGUAGUUUUAAAUUCGAUGAUUGAUCAAAAUGUAGAUUUUAUUAUUGAAUUCAAAUUGAGAGAACAGUAUGUUUUACCACCAUUGGGGUAAUUAUUUUGGAAAAUUGUACUAGUUUUAGUUCGUAUUCUUACAAACAUUAUUUCAAUGUGCCAGUCUUAUAUAAACUUCAAUAAACGUUGUGAAGUUCUUUAAAUAAAUAUUUAUAUAUA